GUGACGCCCAGGUACAAGCCUGCUGCCGAGGGAGACCGCUCGUGGUCUUCUACAGGCUGGGUCAGUGGCUCCAAGGCUCAGAAGAAGUCAGAGGAGUACACUUCAGAGCUAGCGUCAGCCAUUGCCGAUGCUGUUGAGAUAUCUUUGAGCAAUGCGG